AGAGAGAUAGCAGCUCUUUCAGACACAGUCAGAGCCACAGAGGAGCAGCUGAGAGCUGAAAACGUCUCAUUCCUGCACAACUGCAAGGCUGCAGUGGAAAGAGUGCAGUGCUGCCCCCUGCUGGAGGAUCCACAGCUGCCCUCAGGAGCUCUGAUAGACCAGGCCAAACAUCUGGGCAACCUGGCCUUCAACAUCUGGAGCAACAUGAAGAACAUGGUCUCCUACACUCCUCUCAUCCUGGACCCAAACACCGCUGGUUCAGAACUCAUCCUGUCUGAAGAUCUGACCAGUGGGACUUUAGGAGAGGGGCAGCAGCUUCCUGAUAACCCAGAGAGGUUCAGAUCUUGGCAUUGUGUCCUGAGUUCAGAGGGCUUUAACUCAGGGAACCACAGCUGGGAUGUUGAUGUUGGAGACAGUAAAGACUGGGAGGUUGGUGUGAUAGCAGAGUCUGUCCAGAGGAAAAGUCUCAUGCAGUCUGGAUGGUUGGUUCUCUGGUUCUCCGGGCGUAAAUACUUAGCACGGUCUCCACCAGCUCCUGACAUGGUUCUCUCAGUCCAGAAGAAGCUCCAGAGGAUCAGAGUCAAUCUGGACUGGGACAGAGGAAAGCUGUCCUUCUGGGAUCUGGACACUAACACAUAUAUACACAUCUUCACACACACCUUCACUGACAAGAUGUUUCCAUACUUCUACACUGUGGAUAAAGUAAAAAUCUUACCGAUGAAGAUUUGUUAA